CCGAAAAGGGCAAAGCCUUCGGAAAUAGAAACAAAGUUGGUUACAAAUCACAUUGGCUUUGCCCGAAGUUUUUUUUUUUUUUUCCACCCUUCUUUAAGCAUGCUACCAUGGGGACAGUGACCGCCGCUGUCACGGGGGGCAGCCGGGGUGGUUCGGGGCCGCGGGAGCUGCUGUAACUUCUCCGCGACCAUGGUACCUGUUGAAAACAGAGAGGGCCCCGCUCUGCUGAACCCGAAGGGGAGAGCGGCCGAGACAGACGGCAGCGGCGCGGCCAGCGGCAGCCGGCAUCCUCCCGGGGCCAGAGGUUGCGGCAUGUUUACUCUCCUGUCGUCCGUCACUGCUGCUGUCAGUGGCCUCCUGGUGGGUUAUGAACUUGGGCUCAUCUCUGGAGCCCUUCUGCAGAUAAGAACCUUAUUAGCCCUAACCUGCCACGAGCAGGAGAUGGUUGUGAGCUCCCUCCUCAUGGGGGCCUUGCUCGCCUCUCUCACUGGAGGGGUCCUGAUUGACAGAUAUGGACGAAGGGCUGCCAUCAUCUUGUCAUCCUGCCUACUUGGACUCGGAAGCCUGGUGUUGAUACUCAGUUCAUCUUACACGGUCCUCAUAGCGGGACGCGUUGCUCUAGGGGUUUCCAUUUCACUCUCUUCAAUUGCCACAUGUGUUUACAUCGCAGAGAUUGCUCCCCAACACAGAAGAGGCCUGCUUGUGUCACUGAAUGAGCUGAUGAUUGUCAUCGGCAUACUUUUUGCCUACAUCUCAAAUUAUGCGUUUGCCAAUGUUUCCCAUGGCUGGAAGUACAUGUUUGGCCUUGUCAUUCCCUUGGGAAUUUUGCAGGCCAUUGCAAUGUAUUUUCUGCCUCCAAGUCCCCGGUUUCUGGUGAUGAAAGGACACGAGGAAGCUGCUAGCAAGGUUCUCAGAAGGUUGAGAGCCGUCUCAGAUACAACUGAGGAACUCACUGGGAUCAAAUCUUCCCUGAAAGAUGAAUAUCAGUAUAGUUUCUGGGAUCUGUUUCGAUCAAAGGACAACAUGAGGACCCGGAUAAUGAUAGGCCUAACAUUGGUAUUUUUUGUGCAAGUCACUGGUCAGCCAAACAUAUUAUUCUAUGCGUCAACUGUUUUGAAGUCCGUUGGCUUCCAAAGCAAUGAGGCAGCGAGCCUCGCCUCCACUGGGGUUGGGGUCGUCAAGGUCAUCAGCACCAUCCCCGCCACUCUUCUUGUAGACCACGUUGGGAGCAAAACCUUCCUUUGUAUCGGCUCCUCUGUGAUGGCAGCUUCAUUGAUGACCAUGGGCAUCGUGAAUCUCAACAUCCCCAUGAACUUCACCAAUAUCUGCAGAAGCCAUAGCCCUGUCAACCAAUCAUUGGAUGAGUCUGUGUUCUAUGGGCCCGGAAACCUGUCAGCCAGUGAUGACACUCUUAGAGAGCUCUAUAAGGAGCUCACUGCCCGCAGCCAAAGCUCCCUAAUGCCCAUGAGAAAUGACAUGGAUAAGAAAGGAGUGACACACUUACCAAAUACUGGACUGAGCCAAGCUCAAUACCAGAUAGUCACAGAUCCCGCGGACGUCCCAGCUUUCUUGAAAUGGCUUUCCUUAGCCAGCUUGCUUGUUUAUGUUGCUGCUUUUUCCAUUGGUCUAGGACCAAUGCCCUGGCUACUACUGAGCGAGAUUUUUCCUGCUGGAAUUAGAGGACGAGCCAUGGCUUUAACUUCUAGCAUGAACUGGGGCAUCAAUCUCAUCAUCUCUCUGACAUUUUUGACUGUGACCGAUCUCAUUGGCUUGCCAUGGGUGUGCUUUAUAUACACGAUCAUGAGCCUCGCAUCCCUGGUUUUUGUUGUUGUGUUUAUACCUGAGACGAAGGGAUGCUCUUUGGAACAGAUAUCAGCGGAGCUGGCCAAAGGGAACUUUGUGAAAAACAACAUUUGUUUUAUGAGUCAUCAUCAAGAGGAAUUAGUGCCAAAACAGCUUCAAAAAAGAAAACCCCCAAGAGCAGCUCUUGGAGUGUAAAAAGCGGUGUGGUAGGGGACGAGCAAGGUGGCUUUCUCCGGAGACCUAAUGGCCUCAGACCUUCCAAGUGUUGACAAAUUAGAAGGGUGUCUUUGUACCAACACCUAUUGGCCACCCCCAUGUUUUCUUAGGGUCACGGAGCUAGUUUUAGAGGGACCCCCUGAAAUGAUAAGGACAACCUUUCAUGUCCACCUGUCAAAGCGUAAAUGGGGUGCAAGAUCCCAAGUGAUCUCUUACUCUGAGUAGGAUACUAGGUGAAAAAUACUGGCUGGUUCAAUACUUCCCACCCUUUUCACAUAGCAGCCUUUGAAAAACUAUGAACUAGUAAUGCGAUCAACUUCUGCCUUAAGGUAUGUACGUACGGAGGCCAGUCGCAGCUUUAUUAUCCGGACACAUAAGUGGCCGGGACACGAGCUUACAGGGUUUUUUUUUUGCCCACUAUGACAGUACUUACACUGGGUCUUCUGUAAAAAAGAACAGGACACAACGUGGACAAUUGCACCUAUGUUUUAGAUUAGGAUAGGAUCCUGGCUAGGAUUUCAGUGAUAAUUCCUAAUUAUAUUUCAACAAGUACAAAGAUUAUGCAGCUCAUUCUAUGAAUUAUGAACAACAGUGUAAUGCAAAAUACCCCUUUAUAAAUUUUAUGUAUUAUCACAUAUUAAAAGAAACAAUUCUGCCAUAGUUAAGAAAAACAGACACUUUUCCAUCCAUUUAAAAAAAUAUAUAUGAAUAGAAAAGGCAAUUUCCAAAUCCUGGGACCAUAUAUACUUAGUAGUAGCUGUUAGUAAAACAUCAGAAAAGGAGUCAGGCCAUUAGGUUAUUUAUCCAAAUCUCUAUAAUCAAUUAGGUUUGAGUUACGCAGUCAAGCUUAUAAAACUCUCUCCUUGUAAGGCUUUCAUGACUUAAUAGCGAUCCAUAGUUUCCCGCAAUUCUUUGCACUCCUCAGGAAUAUCACUACCUCGGGUCAUGGCAUACUGGCUAGAAUUGAUGCUGACUUUCAGAUGACUGCAGACAUAGGACAUCAGGACAACUCCUUCCCUAUGUUCUUCUCUAUGAUGAAACAGAGGUCACCAGCUAUACCAGAAGCUUGAGUUUUUACCACAACAAUGAAUUGCUUUCCUCUGCAUUUCUCCAGUUGAAUAUUAGGACUUGGUGGGGCAUUUUACCAAUUUGGAUAUGACGACAGAGAACCUACAAUAAAGAAUCUUGACCCACUUCAGGAGUAACCCAUUAAGUGACUAUUAUAAGCUAUGGGAGGCACACAAAGACUUAAGGCACGAAUAACCUAACUUGAAAAAGAGUAACCAAUUACGUUUGACCUGAAGAAAAGAGAAUCCUAAGAGCCAAAACCCUUCGUUAUUUAGGUUGGGAUUUUCCUACUGGGCCCAAACAAACUGUCCCAGUUUGACAGAAGGGUAUAUGACCUAGUCAUUUCCCUACAACAAAAUGGAAAGACUACAAAUCUGUAUAAUAGGGAAACUGUCCUAGCAGAGACUCAGGAGAAUGACUAAAAGUCCUGAUUCUGAAACGAAUUACAUAAUGAAAAUUGGCAGGGAAAGUUAUGAGGAAGGGAGACUUGAGACCUUCCUUCUACCACAGCAUAUUUCCUAUGCAAGUUAGAGCAUGUGUUGGGUGGUUGUGUUUUUUUUUUUUUUUUGGAAAAAGGAAGUGUGUUCUAGAGGAUCAAUUUAAGAAAUUUAUUAUGAAUCUUCAGUGGAAUUAGAUGCUGAGAUUUUUUUUUAAUCAAGACAGGGAAUUGAUACAAAUUUGUUUUCUUUGCCAAGCGUCCCAGAUUGUGAGAUAUUUAACAAAACUGUUACAUGUUCCCUUCAAAGUCUGAGCACUAUGUAUACAUUAGCAAUUUGUUUUAGCCACUCAUCAUAAAUGGGUAGGAAAUUGUUCAUAAACUUAGGUGGUUUAUCACUGGUGAUUUCAACUUCGGUAUCUUAAACACUCUUACACGUUUCUUUUAUUACCCUGAGUCCGUGACUAAAUAAUUCUGUCUUCGAACCAACUUUUACCCAACAUGUCCCCAAUCAGAGCUUUUUUUGGUUUUCAAAAAUAAAAAAGGGGGAAUACUUACAA